AUGAGGCUAUUCCUCCUCCCGCUCUCAACGCGGAGGACGCUCCUGUACGCCAAGCGCGGUCGCAUCAACAAGAACGACCACGGCUAUGUCGACAGGGCCGCCGACUUCGCCGCAAAGAAGUGGGCUGAGUGGGAGAAGAUGGAGUCUGGCUGGAAGCGCAAGGUGGUCGACUACGGUAACCACGCCUUUCGGCGCAUCCCCUACGAGGAAUGGGGUCUCAAAUCGGUCCCGCCUCUGACUUCCCGCCGCCGCGCCGAAGAGCUAGAGGACCGCAAGAAGGUCGAGGUCGUCUUCCCAUGGUCGAUGAUACCGCCCAACAAUGCAUUGGGUAUCCUCAAGACUCUUGCUACGGAGCGGCAGGCGUUGCAUCGCAAGCGCUUCAUAUGGUGCUGUAUCGGCAUGCCAAUCACGAUUCCAUUCGCAUUGGUGCCUGUAAUCCCCAACCUCCCCUUCUUCUACCUCGUUUACAGAGCCUGGUCACAUUACAGAGCCAUUGCGGGUGGAAAGCACGUUCAAUGGCUUAUUGAGAACGAAUUGCUCUACUCGGUGCCAUCAAAGACGCUUGAUGAUCUUUAUGCGCUUCACGCACCGCCCGCUGAGGAGCCAGAUAACAAGGAGCGCACUCUUCUAACGCAGAAGGAGGUUCAGACCUUUUCAAAAACCCUCGACAUGCCCGCACUCGAGGUUGAGCUCGAAAGGGCCAUAUGGCAGGUUGAGCAGUCACUCGAAGACCCGUCCGACAAGGGCCCCAACAAGGAGGAGGCAGCCGGCACAGCCUCUGAGAAACCAGGCUCCACUACUCCGGUGGAGGAGAAGAACAAGAAAGAUGAAUGAGUCAAAGACAUGUACGCCUUGGACGAUGUAUGAUAAAGAGUAAUUGGCACGGCCUUUUUGGGGGGUUCAUGGUUUUUGAAGUAAAUGGGUUGUAUAGAUGGCGGCUUGAAAACAAAAACAGGCGUAGUACGCGGGUAUAUCCUAUAGAAAACUCUCCCAACACCAGCAACACCAAAGCAGAAGAAGGCGGAGCAACAAUCGCAAAUCCCUAAUCCAUAAAUAUCA